GUGCAACAUCACAGUCAAUACCGGUUUUCUAACAAAAGGCUUACCGUCACCGUCCCGGUUAAUUAACAAAAAUAAAAACCCACGUCUGAAAACAGCUGUUUGUUUAGAUGUUCGCCACAACGUUACGACAAACUAACAGCUUUACGUUUGAAGCCACGGCGCCUUCGCGGCAGAUCUAGCACUCACCCGGAUGGGCUCGUUCGGCACACUUUUCAGGAAAUGGCUGCUUGAAUUGAUGUGUAGAUCUAGUAGUGUACCAAAAAGGAACUCCGUAUGUCGCAAAACAAACACGUCAAGUUACUGGUAUGCUAAAAAGAAGCUAGCUCAGUGAAACAAUACUUCUUACUUUAUUUUGUUCAGCUAAAUUGUUUGGUAGUUAUAUAUGCUUUAAGUUAAACUUUCAAAAGUCUAGCUAACAACAAGGAACUGGCAGUAUGGAUGUCUUACGUCCACCUCUUCUCAACAUAAAUGGGAGAAUAUACCGUAGAAAUAUAAUUAAAGAAGAACAUUAUGAGGAAGAAGAGGAUUUCUCCUACAUGGGAGCAGCAGAAAGUGAAGAGCUGGUAGCAGAUGAAAUCUGUGAUCUCCACCAGAUUGAACAGACUGAUAAAGGAUAUCGCAGUGCCAUUGACGUCCCAAGUGUUCUUUACAAAUACAUCAUUGGGAAAAAAGGUGAAACACGUAGACGCUUGGAGUCUGACACAAAAACGUCCAUCAGCAUUCCAAAACAAGGAGUGGAAGGACAAAUUGUUAUCACAGGAUCGACCAGGUCUGCGGUGUCGUCUGCACUCACUCGAGUUGAGGUUCUGGUGGAGAGUUUCAGGAAGAAGCAGCCUUUCACACACUUUCUGUCAUUUCCACUGAAUGACUCCAACAUUCAAGAAGGAUUCCUGAGAUUUAAAGAGGAGGUGCUGCAAAAGUGUUCGCAGGAUCACGGAGUGGAAGAAAGCAUCUUUCAGAACCCUUUAAAGCUCCAUCUGACAAUCGGCACUGUGGCUCUAUUGAACGACAUUGAAGUGCAAAGAGCAUCUGAACACCUUCAGGAAUGCCAAAGCUUCAUCAGGGACAUAACUGAAGGGAAACCUCUCCCGCUGGAGGUGGCGGGUAUAGAGUACAUGAAUGAUGACCCUGGCAUGGUGGACGUCUUGUACGCCAAGGUCCAUGUGAAAGACAAGUCCGAUAAGUUGCAGGAGAUCGCCGAGCGGCUGGUGGAGCAUUUUGUGUCCGCCGGGCUGAUGGCCAGAGAGUGGGACAGAGUCAAGCUGCACGCCACCGUGAUGAACACCCUGUUCCGAAAGGAUUCCUCAGCUGAAGACUCGGGCGGGACAGGAAGACAGAACGCGAGUGAACGAGAAGCUUUUGAUGCCAGAAAUAUAUUAAAGGAGUUUGGCGCGUACCGUUUUGGCGCGUUUGAGCUGAACGCCGCGCAUCUUUCCCAGAGAUAUUCAUCCGACUGCAGCGGAUACUACACGUCAGCGGGAAGCGUCAGCUUCUCCUGAGCUGUCAGAGGUCUGGAAUGGGGGGAAAAGUUCCCUGCUGCUGAAAAAUGAAGAAACUCUUGGUCGGAAGAGAACUCCCAUCAGAUACGUCGAUGAAUGGAUUCGCAGCAAAAUGCUUCAGCACCUUUCCUGAAUCUUUAAUUGAAAUUACUUGAGAUUCAAGAUGUGUUUUCCCCUCUCAUCCUGGCAGGACGUGCUCCACUUCAACUUUCUGUUUUAAUUUGUCAGGAAUGAAUAAAAAGUGUGAUGCAUCCACCCAU